GACGACGGCCUUCUUCAAUCUGUAUGUCCACGCACGUGGGAAGAGAAGACGAACGCCCACUUGCACACCCCUUCCACAACACUAUCUGUUCGUUUGUCUGCCUUUGUGGACUCCAGGUCUGUCAUCGAGAAGACGGCUAGGCCAGGCCUGUCAGAGAAUGUCAAAACAGAACACUAGCGCAGGGUGUGCGUAUCGCAAGAAUAUAUUGCCGCAGCAGAUAGACAGAGAGAUGGAGUACACCGACAGACAUCCCUGUCUGCGCAUCGCAUGCAAAGCAAAGCAGAGAGAGGCACUUCCUUCCCAGCACUCACUCACCCGUCCCAUCCGAAUGAUUCCAUGUACCAUCAUCCAUCACACACGCAUGGCAUGAAACCGCUUUCCAUACGCACACACCAUGGAAAGAGGAAGAGGAGGACACCUCUUGGCCCUCUCAUCCUUCCAGCAGCACAGAAAGCAUCCAAGAAGGCAUCAGCCACCAACUGACUGACUGACUCGCAGCAUCAGCCGACCACAGGCAUCGACACCAGGUGGACCAAUAUAGAGUAGACUCACACGGCAACUCGACAGGAAAAGGCGCCCCGCUUGUCCCUCUCAUCCCUGCAGCAUCAUAGACGACGACAGACACAGCAGCUGGAAGUCUGAAUUGCUGUGCACAUCCGAGCCCGACUAUCCCCACCUGCGUGUUGUCCUGCGACUCAGGCGCACAAGUGCUUUGCGUCUCCACAUAACGGCUACCUGAACAGACUGACAAGCGACAACACACACACUCCAUCCACGAACAUCACUGCAGGCGAACGAAAAGCGGCUACGCGUCUCUUUCACACCUCUUGCCGUCUUGACACGUUUCGCAGGUCGCUCAAACUCGAAUAUUUCCGCGUCACAGCACAGUUUGCAUUGCCACUUUUCCAUGGCAAUCACCAUCUCCCCGACAAGCCGCGCAUCGCGUUGGGCCUCCAGCUGGGGCUUGUACGCCUUCUGUUGCCCGUCGGGGAGGCACAGCCGGGCAUGCAUGUCAUGACGCGUCAGCCACCGCAACUUGCCCGCAAGUCGGCCGAAGCUGAAACUCUCGAGGUUCUGACCGAGAAAGCGUCACAGCGUCACACAACCAUUCAGUGUGCGUCCGUGUCAAGACACAGAAACGGAGGUCGGUGAGCCUACCUGGAACUCCGAAUGGACCGAGUCUCGAAGCUUGAUAAGCACCUUCUCCGCCAUUGUAUCGAUCACUCGGGGUGAGGAAAGGGCUUCCCGCAGCUCAGCCACGAUUUUCUCCGCAAAAUUGUGCUCCACCAUCUCGUUCAGAAUCGUUUGCACAUGGAAGUCCACGUUGUGGGCCGCAAUGAAGCACCCAGCCGCAUGCGCGUCGUUGAGCACCUUCGCUAUGCGCUCCAAGGCCGUCACGCGAGGGACACCCUUGUCCUCCACAAUGUCGUCCGUGAUGCCAUGCUUGGCCUCCGCUUCCUUGGCACACGUGACGCCGUCGAUUGGCUUGAGGUAGAGGGACUGCGAGGUCAGUCGGUUGGCACCCGCGUCGUAGCUGACCCAACCAAACUGGAUAAGUCGGCAGGAGCUGAAGUUCCAAUUCCUCGGAAGAUCUGUGGUUUCUAAACAUAUGACCAAGCAAACCCAACAACUCAACAACACCAUCCCUGCCCGCCGUUUCCUCCUCAUCUGUGUGCACACCCGUAUCGAAGCAGAGCAGUGUGGCUUUUGGAUGAUCACGAGAUGAACGCCUCAUGGCCCCUUGGAUCCUUCUUCUCCC